GAAGAAAUCUCCCACAGUGCGGAAAUAGAAAGGGGGAUUCCUGGUGCAAGUUAGCUUAGCGCUGUCGCUUUGACAGCUAGCUACAUCAGAAGAAUGUCAGAACUAUCACUGGAAAUUAUUUCAUCAGAUUUUAAUAGAAAUACAAUCUAGAAGUGGUGUCAGUUGCGGAAAUACGCUUGGUCUGCCACAGUCAACCCAGAGCUUAGUUAGCUAACGUCAGCCUGAUUAACGCCAACUAACUACGUAUACAGAUAAAAGCAGCAUGGUACAGCCCCAGACAGACACCUGGGACAUGGCAGGGGACGAGGGAGGCGGGGCUCUCCGGGUUCCACCCGAGCUGGCAGCCAAUGAGGUGGUGACCAGACUACUGGGAGACAACCAGCAGCUCCGAGAAGCGUUGCAGCGCAGCAACCAGGCCCUGCGUGAGCGCUGUGAGGAGAUGGAGGAAUGGCAGCGGAGGUCUAGAGAAGAGAGGGAGUUCCUCAGCUGUCGUUUCCAGGAGGCCCGGGCGCUAGUGGAGAGACUGGCCAGGGAGAACCACAGCCUUACCAGCCUGGCCAGCCCCUCGAGCCCCUCCAACCCUGGAGCUAGCCAAGGCCUGCUGGUCAACGGCCCCAGUUUCAGCCAGGACUCCUGCCCCAACUCCACCAACUGCAGCUCCAAUGGGGGUCCUGGGAGAGGAGGGGAGCAGGAGAAGAGUUCAGAGACCAACGGAACCAUGGCAACCUCACUGGUGACAGAGAGAGGGAUGGAGAAGAAGGGAGCAGAGGAGAAUGAGCAGAUGAUGCUCCACAGCUUGCCCUCAGAAGGAGGGAACGGGUUUCUCCAGCUGCUGAAGAGCCACAAAGAGAAGUUGGAGGAAGGGAUGAGAGAUCUGAGGAGGAGGAAUGAAGAGCUGGAGAAAGAGGGGGAGGAGGGAAAGCGGGAGAGAGACUGCCUUCGUCGCUCAGUUGAGCAACUCGGAUCCAAGCUGGUUCAGGCGCAGAGCUGUGGUGUUACCGAGGAAACGGUUCAGCAUUCCGAUGCAUCGCCCCCAUCUGACAGCUCCCACCUGGCCAAACUCACAGAGCAGCUGCAAGCCACACAGUGCAGGUACAGAGAGCUGCAGGAGAAGUUAGAUUCCCUCCAGAAGACUUCAGCUCAGAGAGACAGAACUGAAGUACUGCUUAAACAGAAGGACAAGGACUGUGCCCAGGUACACACACACACACACACACACUACACUACACUGUGCCCUGGUACACACACACACACACACACUACACUCACUACACACACACCGCCCUAUCCACAAACACUCACAACACACACACCGCCCUAUCCACAAACACUCACAACACACACACCGGACUCGCCACAAAUGGCGCCGGAGGAGAAUGGCGCCCA